UUCAAAUGGUCAAACAAAGAAAAUAAAUGUACCGAAGGACUACAAUAAAGAGAAUGAAAUAUUUCUGCUUCGGAUUUCCUGUUGUUCGAUUCGACCAUUCGAUAACGAUUGAUGUGUGGGCCGAUGUUCUACUACCAGGGUUCUUAUCAGUGUUGAUAGCUUAUCACACAGCAUACUUUACUUUGAAAGCGACUCCAUCCCUGUACGCGUUCAUUGUCUUGUUCGUAGUGAGCGAAGACACUGAUCUACCAAAUGUGGACCUGGAAGCGCCUUGAUACCAUUCCAUAUCCCUCAGUGUGGCAUCGAUUUAGCGGUCGUGCACCGGAUUCAACCAAUCAACUUAUUAGCUACGUGGUCCAGGAUGUGCCCGAGGAGCGUUUUGAGGAAUGCAUUGACCACAUGUGUUCUUACUUUAUGCGGGAUGAACCUAUUUGUCGCUCCAUACGUUUGACCAGCGAUCCUGUUGGAAUACGUGAACUCAGCAAUUUGUGGCGUCAGGUCCUCUUACAACACUCUGCGGUUGUUUGCCUUCGCGAAGAUACCGGUGAGCUCGUGGGUGCCAAUAUUCUGAACGUUGUUUCACGGACUGAUGGCAAGUCAAAGCAACCAUUCCAUAGUGCCGGUUUGGAAAAGAUGAUCAACUGCACGCUGUACAUGACGGAGCAAGCAAAGCUGUUUGAACGUUAUCCGAUCGAGUGUUUUCUGUCCGCGUGGGGUCUUUCGGUGCAUCCGCGUUACCGUAGACUUGGACUGGCGAAGGAGAUUCUUUACGCACGCAUUCCGCUCUGCAAGUCUCUCGGCCUGAAACUCUCCGCAACUGUUUUCUCGCAUCCAGGAUCACAGAGCCCAGCCAGUAAGGUGGGUUUUCGUGAUGAGGUCGUAGAAAAGUAUGAAGAUUUGGAGAAGAAAGGUUUUGCGUUUCCUGACAUUAACAUAGAAUACAACAAACUGAUGGUGCUGAUGAUCGAAUGAUAACCCGUCAAGUUGUGUAGCAGUAACUCAACGAAAUAAAAGAGCUCCAAGUUGUAGCAUUAUUUCGAUAUAUUUCUCUGACAUUGCCUUUGCUGUUACCUUUUCAUUUCUAGUUUCCGUUGGCCAUCAUCAUAAGCAUGUGCACUGCUUUCCAUUACUCACAAGACGGCACCUU